AUGGGCGACAAGUUCGCUGCACCUCCAGGUUUUACUGCUUGGGGACCAUUUGUCCGCGACAAUUAUACUCCCAUACUUGUGACCCGCACCGAUAUAGCCUUGGCAGCUGCAGCGUUUGGUCUGGCCAACUUCUUCGCCAUAACCGCAUCUUUCAUCGGCGUUAGACAGACAAAAUCAUGUCGGCGCCCAAGGACUAGCGCAUAUAUCUGGAUGAUCUGGCUGGAGAUUGCUGCUUCGGUGGCUAUCUCUAUCGAGUUGCUAUGCUGGGUCAUUCAGAUUCAGCUGCUUCCUCAAAUUAUCAUUAAUCGUAUUCGUAUCAUCCUCCAAGAUCGGGUAAGAGGACGACGUCUCAUAAUAGGUACCGCAAUCUAUGUGACUUUGAUCAAUAUCAGCGUUUUCAUAAUCUGGAUGCCCGCACGGCUUCAGAUCAGCCCAAGAUGGGUUCAUAUCAACGCCAUCUGGGACCGCACCGAAAAAGUGCUGUUUCUUCUCCUCGACGCGUAUCUUAAUUGGUACUUCAUCCGCGUUGUAAAUGCGGAUCUGGUCAAGAAUGGUCUGACCAAGUACAACCGCUUGGUCCGUUUUAAUAAGCGUAUCAUCGUUGUCUCUCUCCUGCUAGACGUUAUGAUCAUUGGUGCGAUGAGUAUCCCCAACGGAUUUGUCUACGCUAUGUUUCACCCGCUCGCAUACUUAGUCAAGCUCAACAUCGAGAUGUCUAUGGCGCAUCUCAUCAAAACCAUCGCCUUGGGCCACCCGCACCCUAACAAUGACCCUUCACUACUAUUGACCUUCUCAUCUUCACCUGGCGAAGACAUGUUCAGCACCAAUAUCUUUGCAGAAGCGCCACGGCAACGACAUUCGCUCAUCCGGGGUCUGUUUGGUAGCGAGCAUAUCGUCUUUUCGCAAGAAGAUGUUCGCACCAGGGUUCCUGGACAUAGUUCUACACGCAGUGCAUCAAUACCCGACUACGAACUGCCGCCUUGGAAGUCUAAAGCCGACAAGAAACCCGACAACGUCGCUAGCGAUAACCUCAGUUCUGGUGAAGACAGGAGAGGCAGCAAUGCGAAUGAAAAUUGCUGGCGCUGGGACAGUGGCGUCUCAAGCAACACUAGAAAUCUGGAAGGAGCAGAUGAUGUCUCCACGCCAGAGGCCGCUCACUUACCUGCUCAUCGUCGUAUGUCAGAGCUAGGCUGA